AAUUUCUAGGAAGUGCUACUGCAAAUUUUCUCCACGACCUCUACAUCUCCAUUCCCAGUUUUCCAUCGAUGUAGGGUCUCUAACGAGACUACGAGAGGGAAAGCUGCCACUGCCAGUCUUACUUUCCGAGAUCGAAACCCUGUUCGAACUAUCGACGGCCUCCAUGGGCGAACAUCGCAAACACCAGGUAUCGUUGAGGGGAGCCAGUGCAAAGGAAAUCACGAGGGAUGCCCUUCUCGAGAAGGUAUCCCAGGAAAGGGAGCUUCGCAAUUAUGCGAGGCAAGCUGCAAGAGCUGCACUCUUUAUCCAGAGAGUGUGGAGGCGCCACUAUAUAGUGAAGAUGGUUGCUUUACAGCUUCAACAAGAAUGGGCAAGCUUAGCGAAUCAUCGUGCUGCUAAAGUGAGCAGAAGCUGGAUUUCCAGCAACCUUUUGAGACCUUUUCUUUUCUUUAUUACAUAUUUAUCAAUUCGACAUGAGAAGAUUCGAACUGGAGAUAUAGAUUGUAUGCAUAAUUGCUUCAAAAUUCUGUUGGAGAGCAUAAACUCAACCGAUUCAAUGAAAAACUUUUGCUCUCUGGCAACGGGUACACUUGAAGAAAGAAGGACAUGGACUUAUCAAUCACGGAAGCUGAUUUUUCUGUGCUCAUUUAUUCUUGCACAGUGUGACUCUUUGCAUCAAGAGGAUCAAGGUGUUGUUACGCUUUCCUCUCUGGGAAUUCGUGUGGUUGUUGCCUUAACUGAUCUGAAAGGGUGGAAAAGCAUUACCAAUGAGGAUAUACAGGAUGCAGAUAUAGCAGUGAAGGAUUUAGUUCGUUUUAUGGGAAGUAGAAAAAGUGGUCUAUACAGUUGUAUUAGAAGAUACAUUAACAAUUUGGGUAGUUCAUAUUCAUCAAAAUUAUGCAGUGUUGCCCAACUGGAUGAUCGAUUCUUGAUUACUGCAAGCGCAUUAACUUUAGCUUUACGGCCAUUUCAUGUUUUAAACUUUGAUGUAAACGACCCUGCAUCCUCAGACCUGCUGUGUGCUGCGGAACAGUACUGUGUGUUUGUACUGACAAUUCCUUGGCUUCUGCUAAGUUUACCAUCAGUUCUUCUGCCUGCUUUGAAGCACAAGUCUGUUUUAUCACCUUGCUUCCGGACUCUAGUGAUCUUCAAGGAUAAAAUCUUAGCAGAUAUGUCAAAGAUGGAACAGUUGAAAGUACCUUCUUGCUCCAAAGUGGUGCCGCAUGUUGGUUGGGCUCUUGCGAACAUCAUAUGCUUGGUGACAGAGAGUGAGAUCAAUUCUUUAGAUCCCAGACGGUUCACUCAAUCUGUGGAUUAUGCAUCAUAUGUUCAGGUUGUUAUCAUUUAUGCAGAGAGCUUUCUGGCUUGGCUUGAGAACGUUGGAUGGACAAGAAACGAGAACCAAGAACUGCUAUUUGCUAUUGGAAGUUCUGCAGAACCCAUUGAUGUUAUUAUGCAUGAGACAGACACAACUUACAGGCCCUUAAAGGUCUCAUACAUCGACCUAUUUAGGCCUAUUUGUGAGCAGUGGCAUCUUAGUAAACUUUUGGCAGUCUUGAAGCAAGAUGCUUGCAUUCAUGAUGCUGAUACUUUGCCAGACCCAAAUCUGGAAGUGAAGUUGGAACUUCUUGAUAUUGCUUAUUUUUAUUCUUACAUGCUUAGAAUUUUUUCACUCUUGAAUCCUGCAGUCGGAUCGCUGCCUGUUCUUAACAUGCUAUCUUUUACUCCUGGAUUUCUUGUCGAUCUUUGGGGAGCCCUGGAAAGUUCACUUUUCCCUUCAAAUGCUCAUACUUCUGAGGAGGGUAUUUGCUCAAGUAAGAUUUCAGAGAACAAAAGUAGUGGGGCUUUUGUGAAAAAGCAAAAAUGGGCCACUAAGGAUGGAGGUAAUAAGUUUGUCUCAGUUUUGCAUAAAAUCACUGGUAGGUCCCUAGUGGAUUUUGAUAGUACAGACUCAAUAAACAGUCAACCUAUGCCCAGCUGCAGUGGUGAGGAUUCUUGUGAUGUGUGGGAUAUAGAGUCUUUCAGGCAUGGUGUGCAGGGUAUUUCAAAAGAUAUAUCAUGUCAGCUUCAUCUGUUUUGCGCCACCUAUUCGCACCUGCUGUUGGUUCUUGAUGACAUAGAAUUCUAUGAAAAACAGGUCCCAUUCACACUGGAGCAGCAACGAAGAAUCACAUCAAUGCUUAACACACUGGUUUAUAAUGGCUUGUCCAAUGGUAGUUGUGAACAGAAUAAAACCCUUAUGGAUGCUGCGGUUAGAUGUCUACAUUUGUUGUAUGAAAGGGAUUGCAGGCACCAGUUUUGUCCCCCUGCACUAUGGCUUUCACCUGCUAUAAAGAGUCGUCCCCCAAUUGCUGCUGCUGCCAGAACUCAUGAAAUUUUUUCCGCUAAUUUAGUGUUGGAUGAUGGUGUGACCAUUCCAAGCAUGGGUUCUGUUAUAACUACAACUCCUCAUGUAUUUCCAUUUGAUGAAAGUGGCAGAGUUCAGAUGUUCAGAGAGUUUAUCAAGAUGGACAAAGUUUCUCGAAGAAUGGCAGGUGAAGUGGCUGGACCUGGUCCAGGUUCAGUUGAGAUAGUAAUACGUCGGGAUCAUAUUGUUGAGGAUGGUUUUCGACAAUUAAAUUCCCUUGGGUCAAGGUUGAAGUCAUCCAUCCAUGUUUCCUUUGUUAGUGAAUGUGGACUCCCAGAGGCUGGCCUGGAUUAUGGUGGACUAUCCAAAGAGUUUUUGACAGAUGUAGCAAAAGCAGCCUUUGCCCCUCAGUAUGGUUUAUUCUCUCAGUCUUCAACUUCAGAUGGACUUCUGAUCCCUAAUACUGCUGCGAAAUUUCUAGAUAAUGGUAUCCAGAUGAUUGAGUUCCUCGGAAGAGUGGUUGGCAAAGCACUUUAUGAAGGGAUUUUACUAGAUUAUUAUUUUUCACAUGUUUUUGUGCAAAAGCUUUUAGGCCGCUACAGCUUUCUUGAUGAACUUUCAACCCUUGAUCCAGAGCUUUACAGGAAUCUUAUGUAUGUUAAGCUUUAUGAUGGUGAUGUCAAAGAACUCUCUCUGGAUUUCACAAUUAAUGAAGAAUCAUAUGGCAAACAUCAUGUUAUUGAGCUAAAGCCUGGUGGUAAGGAUGUCUCAGUGACAAAUGAGAACAAGUUGCAGUACAUUCAUGCAAUUGCGGACUAUAAACUUAAUCGGCAGUUGUUGCCUUUGUCAAAUGCAUUCUAUAGAGGAUUGACAGAUCUUAUUUCACCAUCAUGGUUGAAGUUAUUUAAUGCAAGUGAAUUUAAUCAGUUGCUUUCAGGUGGAAACCAUGACAUUGACAUAGAUGAUCUAAGAAAUAAUACACGGUACACCGGUGGUUAUUCUGAGGGGAGUCGAACAGUUAAACUCUUUUGGGAGGUUGUUGCAGGAUUUGAACCAAAAGAACGGUGUAUGCUUCUUAAAUUUGUGACUAGUUGUUCUCGAGCUCCAUUACUUGGGUUCAAGCACUUGCAGCCAACAUUUACUAUUCAUAAGGUUGCAUGUGAUGUGCCCGUUUGGGCAAUGAUUGGAGGGCAGGAUGUGGAACGCCUUCCAUCAGCUUCCACCUGCUAUAAUACUCUGAAGCUUCCAACAUACAAACGUCCUAGCACUAUGAGAGCAAAGCUACUCUAUGCUAUCAACUCGAAUGCUGGGUUUGAACUCUCUUAGGACCUCUGGAAAUUAUUGUUUCAGGAAAAGGAUGUUGGAGUCUUCUAUGAUGCUUGCAGGUGAUGUCACUGGUUGAGUUACUGGUUCUCUAGUUUGAGCUCUUGUGCUGCCACUAUCCUUGUUGAUCACAAAAUUGAUCAUGUGAACUUUUUAAGUGAUACUUCUUGUAUUGAAGGGUCUAGAUGCUCCUUAAAUGAUUGAUGAUACAACAUAGUUAACACCACUUCUUGUCUUGAUGCUUGGUUAGUGUUGUUCCAAAUGGAGUUCUUGCGACUACACUAUUUCAAAACUUGAGGUUUAGUUUUCUCUAACUGGGGUGGUUUGGUGGAUGACUAGAUGGUGCCUACUUGUUAUUCUAGGAGAUCAUAUCUGACUUGGAAGUGUUAGAAUUUAGGGAUUUUAUUUUGAUUUUUAGGACAUUUGAUUAUUUAAAUUAAUUUAAUUAUGAGACUAUUUUGUACUUUUUGGCUGUCAA